GGGAAUGGAGAUAAGGUUUUAAAUGGCGGCGAAACUCUCCCGCCUCACUCCCCAACCUCUCCCAUGGCGGAAUCCCUAAUCCCCAACUGCAUCCAACGAUUCCCAUCGAAACCCUCGAGAUGGAGACCGGAUUCUACCACAUGUCGCCGUCCCCCUAUCCCCAUUACCGCUAGAUUUGCUCGUUCGAACCCCAAAAAAGGCCCAAUCGAGCUCCCGAAUCCGCGUUUCCGGAGCCAUUUCGGAGGGAUUCGAGCGGCGGCGACGCCUCCUCCUCCUCCUCCUCCUCCUCCUCCUCCUCCUUCGGUGGAGGAGACUGAGGAGGCGAAGGGGAACGUGGAGUCGAUGAGCAUCGAUUUGCGUCGGUUCUUUGAGCUCAAUUUGGGGAGAUGGAACGGCUCCUUCUACCAAUUCGAUGCCAACGGGAAUUUGUUGCAGAACGUGAGCACAAAGCUUUCCGCAAGCUCGUACGGAGAGGACGAGCUCCUCAGCCUUAUUCAAACGCUAUACAUCAAGCAACCUCCUUCGAGAACAUCAAUCGCAGGCUAUGAUGCUGAACCUGAAUGGACGGAGUACAAAAUCAAGGAGAUUAACAUGUUCACCGCAGACAAAUAUCAGCAGCUCGGAUUCUUCCCAAAAGAGAAGGCAUUUUCUCUGAGGUACCAGACUGCUGGGAUGCUGGACGCUGUCCUUCGAGCGGGCGUGCUUGGAGAAGAUGACACUGGUGAAGAAUCUCCCAGAAACUUGAAGGUUCCUUCUCGUCAGCCAUCUGUUGUAUGUGAGAAUUGCCUCUAUUCUCUCAGGAGAGAUAGGCGAGCAAGAGCCUUCCACAUAAUGGACCCAAAAGGAUUUCUUGAAAUGCUUCUUAUUUUCCUCGAAGAACGAGGAGAUGAGGUGCCACUUAUUUCUUCUUCAUGUGAUUUUGAGGACGUCCCGGAUAGGAUAAGCGCACUUCUUGGACGGUGGGAGGGUCGUUCUGUAACUAAACGAAGUGGGGUAUAUGGAGCAACAAUUUCUAAGGCCGAUACAGUUUCUUUGCUUGAAAUGGAUCGCAAUGGUCAGCUAAUUCAGGACAUUGCUUCGACCACCGUCGGUAGUGGCACGACAACAAACGUGCACUGGACGGGAACAGUGAACACUAACUUAGUUUCCUUUGACGGGGGAUUCCAAUUGACGUUAUUACCCGGAGGGAUGUACAUGGGAUGCCCAGCCGACAUUGGAAAGUGUGUCGCGCAAUCGCAACCCUUCCAUUUGGAGUUCUGCUGGAUGGAGUCAUUGGACGAGCGGCAGAGGCUCGUCCGAACUUACGAUGUUGAGGGCUUGGCUGUCUCGUCGACAUACUUCUAUGAGAGAAAAGUAUAAGCAGCCAUGCAAAGGUAUUGCACUGUGCCUAUGUGCUUUUAAUCAAGUUUCGAAAUAGUUGUUUUUCUUUAGUGAAUUAGGGGGUUUAUUGACUUGUUUCUUUUGUCAAAAUGCAUGCUCAUCAUUUUCCUUCCUAUUCCCUCCUAGCAUGAUUAUAUUUUAUAAGUUAUGAGCAUUGAGAGACUUAAUUUCUGUAUUUAAAAGUUUUCUGAUUAUUUAUGUAUUAUAAUCUUCUUCUUU